AUGUCUUGCACCGACACGAUAGAGCUGCAGGACGUCUCGCCAAAGCGAAUAGCGAAGAUCUCUGUUCAACCUCUCCAUCACCAGCACGGCGAAGCCUCUAAUGGCGAGGGAAGCAAUCAGGAUCUCCAGGAUGGACAAGAUCAGAUUGGCACCAAUAAUCCCGAGCAGGAAACGGUAGUCUAUCCUUCAGGCGCCAAACUUAUCUUGACGAUCAUCGCCCUGGCUCUCACAAUCUUCCUGGUAGCGCUGGACUCUUCAAUCAUUGCUCAAGCCAUUCCAAGCAUUACCAAGCAAUUCGGCAGUGUAGCAAGCAUUACUUGGUACGGUACCGCGUAUACAUUGCCCAACACAAGCUUCGGUCUGGUCUGGGGCAAGGCGUACAAGUGCUUUCCCUUGAAAAGAACCUACCUGUUGGCAAUUGUCAUCUUCGAAAUUGGCAACAUAGUGACUGCUUCGGCGGAUUCGAGUGUGGUUGUCGUUCUCGGCCGAAUCAUAUCUGGACUCGGAGGCGCUGGUUUGAUGAAUGGAAGCUUCAUCAUCAUGGCUUUGACGGCGCGGCCGGAGCGAAGGGCGAUGAUGAUGGGCAUCACUGGCGUGACAUUUGGCUGCUCCAGCGUAGUUGGUCCGUUACUUGGGGGAGUGUUGGUAGAUGCGCUUAAUUGGAGAUGGUGCUUCUGGAUCAACCUACCAUUCGGCGCGGUGGCUGCUGGCAUCAUCGUGGUAUUCUUCAGCCAGCCAGACUAUGUCACUACCGAACAGGGAACCCUCAAGGAAAAACUUACUCGUUUGGACAUCAACGGCGGGCUGUUGGUCGUAGGCUCGCUGACCUGCUUCGUCUUUGCCAUGAACUUGGUCGGAGCGGCGACUUGGAACGGCGCGAAGAUUGCCGGCGCUCUAAUCGGAUCCUGCGUACUUGCAGCACUAUUCAUCGGCAACGAGAAACUCAUGGGCUCCAAAGCAAUGUUGCAAAUGCACGUGCUCCGGAAUCGCAAUAUCAUGCGCAAUUGUGCAUUCGCCUUUUUCCUCGCCGGCGCCUUCUUCCCUCUGAUCUACAUUCUCCCGAUCCAAUUCCAGUCAAUUGGGCAACAGAGUGCAGCGGAAAGUGGAAUACGACUGAUACCGCUGCUCCUCGGUGUUAGUAUCUUCACGCUCAUCUCCAACGGUCUGGUCACCUAUUGGAAAAUCUACAACGCGAUCUUCGCCUUUGGUGCCGUGUUUGCCACCGCCGGCGCCUUUCUGAUGUACACGUACGGCCUCAAGAGCACCACUGCAGCCUGGAUCGGAUCGGAGGUACUUGCAUCGAUUGGCAUAGGUGCCGCCUUGCAGCUGCCCGUUACCGCAAACAAUGCCGCAGUGGGAAUAGACGAUGUACCAGCAGCAACGGCACUCGCAUUGUUCUUCGAGAACGUGGGCACAACGCUGUUUGUAGCGGCCACCGACGGCGCAUUCACCAAGGGCCUUGUACACGGCGUCAAGACUCGACUACCAACUACUAACCCCGAGACGAUUAUCAAUGCUGGUGUUACGCAGUUGCGGUCCACAUUUCCACCAGAUGAACUGCCAGCUAUACUGGCGGCGUACGUGGAGGGGUGUAGGGAUAGCCAUUUGAUCCCCGUCGCGUGUGCGGCUUUGGCGGGCUUGAUCACGAUCGUGAGUGCGGCGCCGGUCGCGUCGACCAAGAUCAGGAAUUGGAUGUCGAAGCCUCAUGCUAGAUAG